AACUCGUUGGAUUUCGAUAACGAGCUAACGUUGAGUGAGAAGCUCAAAGUCUUCAAAUCCUCCAAUUUCGAUCCGAAGUCUUACGUCACCAGUCAUUGUGGCGUUAUGAGCGAGAAGGCAAUUCGGCACCUUUGCAUUUACCUUGUGGGCUUGAAGAAGGGCUCUGCCGAGGAAAUGCGCAAAAAUGUUUACGCCAAUUACGCAUCAUUUAUUCGGACAUCAAGAGAAAUCUCGGACUUGGAAGGCGAGCUCGUCUCCCUCAAAAACCUUCUCUCGUCCCGCGCCAACAUCAUCCACACCAUCGCCGACGGCGUCCGUAUCGAGUCCCUCCACGAAGGUCCCCACCACCACCACUCGCCCGACGACCCCUUCGAACCCCUCUCAGACCCCAUCACCACCGACCCCUCCUCAAACCCCCUCGUCGAGAACCUCGAGAUCCUCCUCGCCGAGCACCGCGUCGACGAGGCCCUAUCCCUCCUCGACGACGCCGAGCGUGCAGCGCUCGACAAACCCCUCGCCCCCUCAUCCCUACUCUCCCUGCAGAACACCAUCCUCGAGUACCGCCAGAGGCUCGCCGACCAGCUGGCCGAAAUGACAAUAUAUCAUCAUAACCCACAGGAGCUCUGUGAAGACAUCGGCUCCCUAGUCAUCAUGCAGCUAUCCGAGAAUGCCCUUGAGGGUGUCCUCCAAUCGUUCGGCUCCUACGUCAGCACCAUGAUCAACGCAUUCCUAGCCUCGUUUGAGACCGAGAAUCGAGAAGGUUCUGGAAGAAAAAUAGUCAAACUUGCUGAGACAGAGACCCAGCAGAUUGCCCUGCUAGCAAACGCUCUAUCCCUAGCAGACGAACUCUUACCACGUGCGGCCAUUAAGCUCUCAUCCUUCGCCAGAAAUGACGAGAAGGGCCUGAAGCAGAGGGAGCUGAAGAGAAGGCUUCAGAGGCUGGUGGAGCAGCUGAGGGACAGCUUUUGCCGCCAGCAUGCGCUCGACCUCAUAUUCACUGAAGAUGGUGGGGUUCGUUUGAAUGCUGAGAUGUAUUUGUGCAUGGAUGAUGGUAGAGGUGAGCCUGAAUGGUUUCCAUCUCCAGUUUUCCAGGAACUAUUUGUAAAAUUGACAAGAAUAGCCAGCAUUGCAUCUGAUAUAUUUGUUGGAAGGGAAAGGUUUGCCACCAUUCUCUUGAUGAGAUUAACGGAAACCGUUAUCUUAUGGUUUUCCGAAGAUCAAAACUUUUGGGAUGAGCUCGAAACUGGGGAGAGGACGUUAGGACCUCUCGGACUUCAACAGUUCUAUUUGGAUAUGGAGUUUGUGAUACUUUUUGCAUCUCAAGGACGAUAUCUGUCUCGUAACCUGCAUCAAGUGAUGAAGAACAUAAUCGGUAGAGCUAUUGAAGCCGUCCAGGCAAAAAAUAUCGAUCCAUACAGUGUGUUGCCCGAGGAUGAAUGGUUUGCUGAUGUUGCCCAAAUCGCUAUAAAAAUGCUGAUGGGCCAUGCAGACUUUGAAAAUGCCGAGCGCGACAUGAACAGUCCUACAGCCUCAAUGUCGGCAAGAUCUGUGUCAUCAGCUCAUUCUCACGGGAGCUCAUAG